ACAUUUGGCUUGUGAAUAUCUUUGAUACUUAUUGAUUUAAUGUUACAAAAUUCAUCCUAUCCGUAUCCUUGAGCCAGCUCAGUUUAUUUUUUUUUUAUUUUUAUUUGGUUUCCGUGUUUUAAGUGUAUUAUAAUAGCUUGGAAAUUUGACGUGGUUAUUCUUUGUUAGACAAUAUACUUAGUCAUUUGUAUCGUAUGUUUUUUUUUUAUUUCUGGGCCAAAUUCAAGAAUGUGUACAAUAUAAGCGUAAAAUUUUAAGACGUAGAAACGAUCAGAAAUAUUUUUAAAAUGGCACAUUUUAGACGGGAUUUUACGUAUAGCGCUUUAGACAACGAAUUGACUCCUCCACUCGCGAGAUCUGUUGAAAAUACCAACAGUCCAACGUUAAUUACCCUGGACCAAGAACAUGACGAUGCUACUAAUGUUAUCAUCCACAAAGUACCUCAAACCAAAAGCAGAUGGAAUCACAUAAAAGAUUUAGAUUCAUUCUUUACUAGAAUGUACAGUUAUUAUGUGAGAGGUGGAUUUUAUCCAAUGAUAAUGUCAGAUUUUUUUUAUUUACUACAAUUUAUAUUUAUUGUUUGGUUUUCAACAUUUCUGGUGCACUGUGUUGACUACCCAAGACUUUUUAGAAAUGAUCCUGAAGCGAACAGAAGUGAAAAAUUAACUUUAAAUGAUGUAAUAUUUUCUACCUCCGUGUGUGUUAGCCACAUUUCAUGGACUUGGUGGUGCCUCAUUACCUUAUGUUGUAUCAUUUGGAUAAUGAAAUUUUUUAUAUCCAUGUAUCACUUAUACUAUGCAUAUGAUACAAAAUUAUUUUAUAACAAUGCACUUAAAAUUAAAGAGAGUGAGCUGACAUGGGUGACCUGGUCGACUAUACAAGACAGAGUCAGGGAAGCCCAACCUGAACACCAAAUGUGUGUUCACAAGCAGGAGAUUAACGAAUUAGAUAUAUAUCACAGAAUACUCAGGUUUAACAAUUACAUGGUGGCUAUGGUAAAUAAAAAUUUACUUCCACUUCAAAUACAUGUGCCUUUCAUCGGUGACUUCCAUUAUUUAUCGAGGGGUUUAAAAUGGAAUCUGGAGUUCCUGCUGUUUUAUGGCCCGUGGGAAAGUCGUUGGCAGCUUCGAUCGGCCUACAAGGAUCAUACAAAACGAAUGCUUCUAGCCAGACAGUUGGAGAGACAAAUAAUUCUACUAGCGUUAGUGAACUUAAUACUUGCACCACUCAUUCAGGCCUGGCAGAUACUUUACUUCUUCUUUAACUACGCAGAGCUAAUAAAGCGGUCACCCGGAUCGCUCGGUCUACGUACAUGGUCUCUGUACGCUCGAGUGACUCUCAGACACUUCAACGAGUUAGAACACGAACUGCGGGACAGACUUAACAGAGCACACAAACCCGCAACCAAAUACCUCGCCAGCUUCAGCUCGCCCAUCACCACUGUUCUUGCAAAGAAUGCGGUGUUUUUGUCGGCGAGUGUGCUCGGUGUACUGGUAGUGUUGUCGGUAUACGACGAGGAUGUUCUUACAGUGGAACAUGUGCUUACCAUCAUUACUAUACUAGGAUGCGUGCUGGCUGGAGCUAGGGCGUUGAUUGGUGAAGAGGAGCGUCUGGGCGGGUCCUGUGGUCCAGCUCGUGGUGAGGAACUGUUAGUACAGGUGCUAGGACACGUGCACUACCUGCCGGCGGCGUGGAGAGGCCGAGCUCACACCAGACACGUGGCCGCACAUCUACAGCACAUGUUCCAGUUCAGAGCGGUAUACAUACUUUUUGAACUAUUGAGCCCUCUCCUGUGCCCUUUGGUGUUGUUCCAACUACGUACUCGCGCUGUAGAUAUCGUGGAUUUCUAUAGAAAUUUCACAGUUAGUGUUCUUGGUAUAGGAGACGUCUGCUCAUUUGCUCAGCUCGACAUUCGUCGCCAUGGUCAUCCUGAUUGGCAGACACCCGGAAAAUAUGGAGAAAAAGGUGCCAACACUCAGUAUAACCAGGGCGAGGGUGGUAAGACGGAGCUGUCUUUAGUGGCGUUUUCAUGUCGUCACCCUGGCUGGCAGCCGACUGAGCCCACACAAAGACAGUUCCUGAGAUCGCUGCGUCAAACUAUGACGCAGGCAAUACCGACCAAUAACGCCCUCAAUAAAACAAUGCUGGGUUCCUACAUUCAACAAAGCAUAUUUGGUACAAAUACUCCACUGCCAGCUGUUCUGUCUUACUAUCAACAGCAACGUCAACAGUACAGACUUCCCGAUAUGGACGAGAUAAGUGAUGAAGAAGACGCGGCCGGGCUUUCUGGUGUCAGUGCCCUCGGGCUCCCUGAUGUACCCGACGAGACAAGGGACAUGUCCGUCAGCACACUGCAUUUAUACGAUUUGCAUCUAUCGCAGGCGGGACGAAGCGUGUCAGCGUGCUGUACGAACAACUGUGGCGAGCGCAGGAGUGACGAGCGUCGUGUGACCAGCGAGCAGACGCCACUCCUGCACCGACCAUAACACCGGGAGAAUUCGACGCACGCCCAGUCCUUCCCCGUCUGGGUGUAGCGGUCGAUCUCGUGGGUUUACCCACGCACACACGUAUAUACGUCAUACACACAUAUACCCAUUAUAACAUAUACUGUCAAACGAACCCUUCAAAAUUUCUACCAAAAAGUGUUUGUAAUAUUUUACAUCUGUUAUCGUUUUCACAUCAAAGACUUUUAAAACUACAGAUAAUAGGAUGAAAGUGUUUUACCAGCACGCUUUUGUAGUUCUGUUAAAAAUCCGAAAAUUAAAAAUGCGUUUUAACGUAACUUUAAUAAUUUUUAGUGUUAUUUAAUAUCAUAGGAUGGAAAUGAACUAAAAAGUCGGAAUAAGGAUGUAUGUAAUUCAUAAAUAACAACUCGUCUAAUCAUCGAAUGAAAGAAUAAUUCCUAAGAAGAUAAGUUGGAAGCAAUACUCUUGUAACUCAAUAGAGUAUAUACUCCUUUAACUCAAAUAAUAAUUUGGGUUGGAAGUCUACCAAAUCAAAUAUGUUCUAAUCGAUGGAACCCUAACAGUUUAAAGACAUUUGCGCUUUUAACCUUUUUUACGGAGCACAUUGAGACAUCGGCAUGAAUUAAAAAAAAAAUAUAUUGACGUAGUAAGCGCAAACUUUGAUGAUAGAUGUUUUGCUGCAUUUUUCCGGGACAAAUAUAUUUAUUUGAAUGCUUUAACUCAUAAUCGACAAGAAUGUAACUUAAAAAAAAUAUACAAAUUAUUAUAUAAACACAAAUGGAAGAAAAAAACAUUGUGUAAAUUAAACUCAGAAAAUAAAUACAUUUUCUACCGUUAUGACAUUACAUACAUCCUUAGAAAUUAAAGUACACAAAAAAAUAUUAAAGGUAUGAUACUUAUACGAGCGAAAAUAAAAUGAAAAUAUUGUAACAGUCCGUUCUUGAUAACAUUCUGUUACAUAACUUCACGGAUAUAUUGUGAAAGAAAAAGUUAAAAGUUAUAUUCUUUUAUAGGCAGUAGUUUUGAUACAUAUUUAAACCCUACUUCACUGAAAACGUUACAACCUGUGGCUGAAAAAAUGGCAUAAAAUCACUUGUUUGAGCACUGAAAAUUAAAAAAAUCUUACAAAAUGUUUUACAUAUUUAUAGAGUAGUUACGAAAUAAUAUGAAAAAUUUUGUGUACUUUAAACGUUAUAAACAAUGGGUUCUUAAAAAUUACAAAAAAUAUAUAAUUUCCUUUAUAGCUGAUAUGAACUCGAAUACACCAAGGAAGUAUCUAGAAGAUUUUUCGAUUGAUUCGAUUUUUAAUAUACGAAAAAUAAGAAAAGUUAACGAAAAAAUAUAACUACGCGGUAUUGCCAUAUUUAGGGAGUUUGUGCGUUUUUUACACACGACCUAACUAUCCAUGGGCUAUGCAAUAUCUUUUGGUGCUAUAAAAAAUAUAUCUACUGUCGUCUUGAGUGUGAAUAAAAUAUAGUGUCACCUCAGUCAGACUUUCGUGAUAGACUUCGUUAAAAAAAUACGUACAAAAUACAAGUAAAAAAAGUCGCUGAAGAUUUCCUACAGGCAACAUUGUGUGUAUGUACUGGUGUUAAGGUAUUUGUGUAGUUUUUUUUUAUUCCUAUGUCAAUGAAAUUCCAAUGGAAUGGCUUAAUGGAUAUACUGAAAAACUGUUAGGGUUAAUUGUUUCAAGAGAAAUCUCGUUUGACCAGCGUUUACUGAUCAUAGGUAGUCGUACUUUAAAUUUUACUUACGCUUUAAGACUUAACUCACGGAUUACGAAGAAGAUGAGAAGCUUAAACAUUUAUAUUAUAGAAAGUUCAUUGAACAGAAUUUAAUUUAAAACCUUUUGGUCAGAAUUUAUUACUUUGACAAGUAACCCUUCCAAAUAAAAAUAGUUUGGACAUCCGCUCUUCAAGCUGUUUGUUUUUACGAAAUCUAAAUAUUCAACGUCUUGUUGAACUAGCGGAUAGGACUAUGUGAUAAUUCUUCUUUUUUUUACUCAAACGCAAAUACAGAACGAUUAAAAGUGCGCAAAUAACAAACUUUCAUGAAAAAAAAUCUAAUACCAAAACUAUUCGUAAUCCCAUAACUUUUUAAACAAACGCAACGAUAUUUUUGUAAUCUUUAUAAAUAUUGUAAACUAGUUUGGGUAAAGUUCAUUCCGUAUAACGAAAUCUGCGGGUUUACAAGAUUACUGCAAACAUUUUAUUGACAUCGUUACAACAGAGCGUAUGUAUGAUUUGCCUUUUUGAAACAUCCUUGUGGUCAUAUAAAAUCGUAAUCCACGGUGUUCUAAAGAUCAACUUUAACGGCGUUCCAAAAAUAUGUUUCGUGUGACAAAAAGAUAUAUCAUGCAAAGAAAGUGUGUAGGUAUGACAUUCUUCCAAGUUAUCGCUUUCGUGCCUUUAGCAAUUGUCUUAGCUAUUUUUAAACACUUUCACGACUACGCGGCUUGAGAAUACACGGUAGUCGAUGAUUACAUAUUGUGAUAUUAAAAUAUUUUAAGUGUAAGUUCUUACAGUCUCUAUUUAACUUCUAUAAAAGAUUGUGGAAGUGGAAAUUUAACAAUAGAUUCGAAUCUACGAAGAACUUUAAACAUGUUUGUUCUGUUCUCAUAUUAUCAGUCAUUAGAUUUUUGGUUGUUUAUUGAUAUCUAGUAAUUGCAUGUAUAGAAUUAGCGUAGCGUUUUAAUAUAAGUUUGAAUAUUAGUUUGCGUGACAGUUGAAAGAGUGGAGUCUGAACGUGUCUCGUCUAAGGCCAAUUGUUUAACGCACAUGGAGUUUGCCUCAACAAAAAUAAUUAUGGGAUUCAUUAUGACCUAUAGUUUUAAAUUUAUCAUAUAAAGUGAAAGCUAUCACAGAAACUAUAUAUCUGUGAAUUUAAAUUGGCCAAUUACUUAAAUUUUAAUAACGUCACUAUUUUGUGGAUCUGUGUUAAAAUGAGAGCGUGUUAGUUAUACAUUUUUAAUUAUGUACAUUAUUUUACAUUUUCGCAGCAGUAAAUAUUUUAAGGACAACUUUCCUUAUGAUGCAAUCAGUUGCGUUCGUUAUUUUAUUAUGAAUUAAUUUUAUCACAUCGACAUAAACAAAAACGCUUGCUCAAAUCGCUAAGUUUUGGUGGUUUUGUAUUGGAUUGCGUAACGAAAUAAUAAGGUACAUAAUGUCAACUUUGUGAUAACGGCUUAUGAUACAAUGAGUACACGUUUUAUAUAUAGCAUUAAAAGUGAGCCUUUAAAAUUUAUCUGAUUAAAUAAAAUUAUAAGAUAUCGUUUUUUUAUCUACAAAAAAAUUUAAAUCUUUCUCUCUCCUUCAUCUACGCCAGCAUUGGACCAUGCCAACGAUUCAUAUGGUUUUUGUAUUACAAUCGUACAUAUUUUUUAUGAUGAUCAAAGUGUUUGAUAUCCUUUGAUUUAUUUAGGUUUGAUUCAGUAACUGUCAAUUUUAUAUAUUUGUAUUCAAUAAUAAAUAAGAUUCACCGUUUGUUACCAUACUAUACAAUGAUAAUAAAGAGUCGUUAUUUACAGUAUGUAAUAUUUUUAUUGCAAUGAUAUUUUUAGGACAGAAAUAUUGCAAUUAUUCCAAAAAUAAUCAUAUAAUUUCUUAUAAAUUACAAUGAUAAACAUAAAAUGAAGCAAGAUUUUCUUUGAAGCCGAUCUUUUUUUUUUUAAUAGUAUCGCGUUGACAAUACUCUCACAUAUAUUUUUUUAACAAAAACUUAACAGUGCCAUAUGAGAUCUCUGUGACUUAAGUUACACACCGGAGUCUCCCACUUAAAAACAAAACAUUUUCAAUAUAGUGAAUCCGAUGGAUGUUCAUCCUAAUGUCUAUGUUCAGACAAAGUUGAGAUCUUUAUAGCCUUACAAAGGAGCAAAGUUCUCUCAUUAUUCAACUAAGUCGUCAUGAAUGUUGCUCUUAUUUUAAAGCAUAAUGAAAAUUAGGCAAAUGAAUUUGUUCCACAAAACUGUCUUAUGCAUAUGCUUAAUAUGUCUGUCCUCACUUUGCACCCCCAUAUUGUGGUGUAACCGUAAAACGUACCUGGUCGUUAUAAAUUAAUAAAUUCAAUAGUAUGUAAGCUUUUAUCUUAAUUAAUUAGCCUAAAUCCGUUUAGGAUCAAAGUACAAAUCGUUGUUAUUUCUCGUACAAGACAUUUUGAAUUGAACUGAAUAAGAUCUUUACACAUGCUCAUUAAAAUCCAUAAUAUUAAAAUAUAUACUCAUGUUCGACAUUAGUAUUUCAUUGGAGCACUAUUGAGCAAUGAUGCCACCUACCAAACGACAUUUCUGAAUUGGGUGAUAUACAUAAUGAUCCGGUUUUCAAGAAAAUAUACUUUUUGACCUUUUUAUAUUCACCAAUUACUUAAACGAACAUUUUGGGCUUUGAUUGAUUUAUCAAAUACUUGAAGUAUAAUUUUUUGUAUGACGUUCAAACUUCAAAUGCUAGCGGUAUGUGAUUUAUUCUGUCCUACAGCGACUUGCUUCAUUAUUAUUGAUAUCUUCAUUGGGUAGAAUAUUUUUGUUAAUUCAAUUAAGAUGUACUUAUAUGUAUUAUACCAUCUGGAUUCUUACAACUUGUGCUCGUGUGCUCAUUGGAAGAGCAAGCCAAUCGAAUCUAUUGGUAUUUUUGAUGGUUGUGCAUCAUUUUUGUACGUAGCUACCUCACAUGUCACGAAAAUUCACCCUCGAGAUGUCAAAAGUUCACACUAAAUUGUUUGAUUGAGAUAAUAAUGAAUCAGCAGUUAACUUAUUUCGUAUGUUUAAUAUAUAAGUAUUGUUUUACUCAUACAAAAUAAGUUAAUUCCUACUAGAUGUAUAUAUUUUUAUACCUUUUAGGUAACGAAAUAUUAUCUUUCGUAUAUGUCAUAGGUAAUGAGCAUUAAAAUAAUAAGCAAUAAUUUCUACUAUAGCUAUAUAUGAGUCGUGAGGUUAGAUGAUAACUUUAACGUAUUAAAAAUAAAAACAAAUAGGAGGUGUAAAUAUAUGUUUGUACUAGUUUUAUUCGAAUCACAUAAUUCAAACAAAUUAUUCAUAUAAUUGCCUUAAUUCUAAAACGCGUCUACCAUUGCGACCUUUUAAAGCGAUGACCUAAGAUUUUUAUCUUUUUAAACGUAUUUACGAUUUGUCUUAAAAUUGCAAUGUAAUAAAUAGUAGAUAUAAUAUGAUGUUUAAAAUUACAAUUAAUAUUAUAUCUCCCAUAAACACCCAAAAGAACAUUUUGCAAGUACAAUUAAGUAGCGUAAGCAUAAUAAAAUUAAGUUAAAACAAUAAAAAAAGAAAAAAAAAACUGAUGUCUAUUAUACCAUUAUCUUACUAAUAAUAAUUUAGAAUUUCUUGAUAUUCGAUUUUGUACUUACUAUUAUCGCUAACACAAGAUUUUUACCUUUAAACUUUUGUAAGGUAACCAAAAAAAAAAUCAAAAAAGCUUUAUAUUAAAAAAAUAUAUGAAUGUAGUGUAAUAGUUAGUAGUUCGUAAAAUGUAUUUAUAGAAAUUUUAAUAUGCUGUUCAUGAUAGUAUUUUUGUAACAUAUAUACAAGCUAAAAAAAAACUAUAAUCUUCAGUGAUGGAUAACUAAUUUAAUAUAUAUAUAUAUAUAUAUUAUUUGGUUUAUAUAAGAUAUUUUAUGCUAUGAAUAGUAAUUUUAAUAUUUACAGAUCAAUCAUCUCCGUUUAUUGCACUAUGUGUUCACAAUAGAUACGAAAUUGUAGUCAGUCUGGAGAGUAGAGAGUGAGGAUUUUCAUUUGUACAUUUUUAGCAAUACUAUGAAUAUUUAUGAAAAACCUUACUAGUGUCAGUGAUACAAAGCAAAAUCAGACUAAGCACAAUAUCGUAUUUUCCGAGUGAACUUUUUUAGUAAAAAUUCAUUAACUAUCAACAUUUGUUUCUUUUUUCUUCAAAUAUAGUUUCGGUCUUUAUUUCAUGUUCAGAACAACUUUUUAUAAUAAUUGAAAUCACUAAUAUGUAUGAAAUUAGUGUUUCGGUAUGAAGAUACUUUGCUGGAUGUGUUCAUAUUUAUGUCCAUGUAAUUAGUUAAAAUUAUAUCAUAAUAGCUCAAUUUAUUUUUGUUAGUGAUCUUUUCUAACCUAUAUUAUAACAUAUCGUCGCUGUUUGCACGAACGCAAGGGGUGACAGUUUUAAAUAACCGUGCGGCGCAUGACUAUUAUAUUGACAAUUUGGGAUUUAGUUCUUAAUUGUUUAUUAACCAAAAUUUGUAAAUAUCUAGUUCAAUUUAUACUAAGUUAAGAACCUACUCGGUAAGUGUAUUGUGAUAUCACAUAUUUUUCUCUUUAUGUUUUACUCAAAUUCAUUAGUCAUUUUAUACAUUGAUAUCGAUGUAUGUUCAAAAAUAUUUUUUUUGUUUUAUUUUAAUAUACAUUGUUGCUGUUAGCCCUGCGGCUUUGACAGCGUCACUGGGAGAGUUAUAGUUUUAUUUUAAUGCAAGGGACAACAUUUCCUUUAAAUUGUAUGUUAGUAACAUUGAAUAACUCUUUCAUAGUAUGCAAUAAAUUAUGUAUCUAAAA